UACUACUCCUUCCAAAUCUAAAAAACGAAGUAAGACAAAUAUGGUUCCGUCACCGAUGUUUAUCCCCGUCGAUCUCAUCGGCGAGAUCUUCUCCGCUCUUCCCGUGAAAUCUAUUCUCCGAUUCAAAUGUGUUAGCAAGUAUUGCGAUAACCUCGUUUCCGAUCCCAAUUUUGUAAAAUUUCAUAUCAAGAGAUCACCCACACUAAAUCCGCAUUUCAUACUAAAGACCGAUCACACCAUAAAAAUCCUAUGUGAGUCCCCCUAUGGCAGUGACGAUGAAUAUGACGUGGAUGAAGGUUUCAUUCCCUACUCUCUAGGCAGUUUAAUCGAGAAUCCCUCUUUCGCCGUAGAAGUUGAUCCUUACUACAUGGUGAAAAACUACGAAUACCGUUUAAUUGGUUCCUGCAAUGGAUUGAUCUGUUUUGUUGGUGAAAAUCUCACAAGCGAGUACUAUGAGUUCUGGCUCCGUUUAUGGAACCCAGCCACCAGGACAAAAUCUCCAAAAUUAGGGUUCUCACACUUAUUUCACAAUCGUUUUGGCUCCGUUAAUGAUGGUUAUUUCAAAUUCAACUUUGGUUAUGAUGAUUCUACAGGAACUUAUAAGGCAGUGGCCUCGCGUUACAAUAAGCGCGAACUGAGAAGUAAUGUUAGAAUUCUUAGUUUGGGUGACGAUGUUUGGAGAGAUAUUGGCAGUUUCCCUGUUGAUCCUAUGUAUUUGAACUCAGCUUAUCAAACUUCUGAUGUUGGUGUGUAUUUCAAAAGCACUAUUAACUGGUUGGCUAUUCAAAAUCAUUUUUGGUAUGAUUCUAACAAUAUCAAGGAUAUUAGUGUUCAACAAUUUGUUAUUGUUUCGCUUGAUUUGAGGACGGAGACAUACAAUCAAUACUUAUUGCCUCGUGAUUUUGAUGAGGUGCCUCCUCUAGCUCCUAUUGUUAGUGUGUUGGGGGAUUGUCUUUGUUUUUCUUAUUGUUACAAGGAAACUGAUUUUGUUAUAUGGAAGAUGAAGAAAUUUGGAGUUCAAGAUUCUUGGACUCAAUUCCUUAAAAUUAGUUAUUACAGUCUUCAAAUUGAUUAUGACUAUAGUGACCAAAAUUUACAGUAUCAUUUUGAAUUGGUUCCGUUAUUUCUUUCUAAAGACGGUGAUACGCUAGUACUUAAAAGCAGUCAAGAACACCAAGAAAUUCUCUAUAAUUGGAGAAAUAAUAGAGUAGUGCGAACAGAUAUUACUGCAAGAAAAACGAUUACAGAUGAUAGAACCAUUGAUUUUGUGUCGUGCUCGGCCAUUGGCUAUUUUGAAAGCUUACUUCCAGUGAUUUGAGUAUAUUACUUUUAGUUGCAAUUCAACUUGAUCCUUAAAGGAUAAGGAAUUCUAUAUGUAUAAAGGACUGCAUGGGGAUGUUUCUAUCAUUCAUAUCAGAAGGAAGCUGAACUCUGAUCUACACAACCUUUUGUUAUGGGUACAACUACAAAAUAUAUUUCCAAGUUUCAGCUACUUUAGCAUCUCUUUUCAGACACUUUUGUUAGCAUCAAAUUUUAUGAGAAUUUCAAAACUAUGUACAGGUUUAUGUUUGACUGUGUUGUCAAAUUACUAACUUAUACUAUAAACCAUGUUAUUAAACCAUGUUAAUAGAUAGAAACUGCUAAAUAAACACACGAUAGAGGUUGUUCUUUGUUAAA